GCUGAUUUGGAGGGCUGCAGUCCCCCGGGGCUGGGCUGGGGCUACCCCGGCCGCUCCCUGCGAACCUGCCGCGGCCGCCCGGCCCCGCCCGCUGCCCUUCCUCGGGAGGAGGAGGAGGAGGAAGAGAAGGAGGAGGCAGCAGCGGAGCAGGAGCAGCGCUGGAAGGAGUGGGAGCGAGACAGCUCCGACGGGACGUGGGGCCCCGGGUGUGCCCCCCAUCAGGUACCGCGCGGGGUUCUGGGGCCGCGCGUGGGUCCGGGACCGCAGCCGCCUUCCCGCCCCUCUGCAGCCAGACCGGCCACGCACUCCCAUAGUAUGCAGCACCGGCCGUGACCCGGGCCGGCAUCCCCCGGGCCAGGGAUCACUUCUCCCGUCACCCCAGCCCGCGCUGCCCACGGGGGUCGCAGCCAGCACAUGAUUCCAUGGGACAGGCAAAGGGGUCAUGCGACCGGGAAUAGACCUUCCCCACAACCUGCCCCGUCUCCACCAGCUGUCGGACUCAUCCCUCAUGCCGGGGAAGCUGAGGCGCAGCAGGCGGGAGGUGCUGGGGGAGAAGCAGUGGCGGAGCCUGGAGGAGAGGGGAAGUACCCAGUUGGAGCAGCCCAAGCUCACCAGAUCCCGGACCUAUGAGUCCUCCUGCAAGGAGGCAGAGCGGGUGGCCACAGGCCGGCAGGGACCCCCAUCCCCCUCGCUGAGCAAGCAGGACAGCAGCUACCGCCGGGUCUUUGGGGAGCUUGUCGAGCAGGACGUGCUGCUGGGUUGCUUCUCAUGCGCCUGGCAAAGAGAGAUGCCCUACCACGGCCGCCUCUACGUGUCUGCUCGCCACAUCUGCUUCCACUCCAACCUCCUGCUCAAGGACAUCAAGGCUGUGGUCCCUGUCGCCUCCAUCUCAGUCCUCAAAAAGACCAACACAGCGCUGCUGGUGCCCAACGCAGUCAGCAUCCGCACGGCCAAGGGGGAGAAGUUCCUCUUUGUGUCGCUGCGCCAGCGGGAGGCCACGUACAAGCUCCUGAGGUCGGUCUGCAAACACCUGCAGGACAGCGGCCAGAGCCCUCGAGACUCACUGAGCAAUGAGGAAACCCCUAGGACGUCUCAGGUAAGGCCACGGAAUGGAGGGCAGGAGGGUACAGCAGGAGGAGGAGUGGUCCCAGCCCCCUGGAUGGGGUGGGCUGGGUGCAGUGACUCCCUCGGAGAAAAGCCCCAGCCCGGGGCAGCACAGAUCCCAGGACCCUCCCUUCUUGUCGGUGACACGGUCCUAUCAGGUCCUGCCCAUGUCCCCAUGGCAGUGGGGCAAGUGCCUUGGGGGACACACAUCAUCACCGGGGCUUGUCCUCCUUCAGAUCUCGAGCCAGUCAGACCUGGAGCAGAGCACCCUGGAGCCCAACAGCCUCCAGGAAUCCCUGGCUCCAGGGAGUGCAGGAUCGGCUCUUUUUGGCCCCGUGUGCCCUCAGGACACCUAGACCCCUCCCUGGGUUAUUCAUCGAGUGUCUCCUGGUCACCUGCAGAUGAGCCAAACCCGAGAUCGAGGCAAGCGGAGGACGAGGAUGACGAGGUGGCCCUGCUGGUUCCCAGCAGCAGCGAAUGGGUGCCCUCAGCAGAGACACGUGGCCUCUGGGGGGGACCCCACACUGUGCUCUGGGCCAAGGCAACUGCACUUUGGUCCCGGAUAAAACCCCAGCUGAGCCCUCUCAACAUCAUCAUCCUCAUCUACCUGCUGCUCAUGGUGGCCUUGCUGCUGUCCUCGGGAUACAUUGGUCUGCGCAUCGCGGAGCUGGAGCAGCAGCUGGCCUUUGUGGGGGCUUGGCCAGACCUCAACCUGUCACAGCAGGACAAGACGUGAAGGCACUGAGGACCAUGACCAGAGCUCCAGCCAGGGGGUCAAGGGGUUCAGGGGCUGCUGUCAUCAAGUGCCUUCCAGCCCCCCACAUGUCCUGUGAGGCUCCAUCUCACUGCCCCGUGUCUGCCCAGCAGAGGAGACCCAGGGAGCUCCUGGCAGGGCUCAGAGCUGGAGUCAGCAUCAACCCCCACCCAGCCCUCCCUGCCAAGGAGGGCAGGCAGAGGUGGCCAAGCCCCAGGCAAG